AUGAAUGUUGAUAAUUUAGGAUUGAUCAAUAUGACAAAACAUGGCGAAAUAUUUCAACAAUCGCAUCCAUCAAGUAUUUUGAUGACACUCGGCACUAUGCUUGGAAGGCUGUGUAAUGUUGUAGGAACCGUUAAAAUGUAUAAGUCAGUUGCGAAAUUUGUGGCUCGUCAUCGUCGUGCACAGCUUCGUCAAACAGCUGAAAAGUUGGGUGGCGCAGAAGCAGAUGCGGACUGGAAUGAAGCGCUCAUUGAAUGUUGCCAACUCUUUGUUUAA